UUUUGAUUUGGGAUUAAAGACGCGUAAGUUGAAUAAACUAUUUAAUUUAAUUACCAGUAUAAAAUAAAUAAUUAUAUGCUUAAGUUUCCUGUUCCCAUUUAUCCCAUUUACUAAAGAAAUUAAUACACCUGUGACUACUGUGACUACUGACUAUUUUUAUAACGCGCUCUUUAAAUGGAAACUCCAAACAAUCAAAGAAACAAAUUUUUUUUUCAAUCAAAAAGAGAGUCGGAAGUGUUAGCAAAGCGAAAGUUUGACCUAAUUGAGUUUGCAGAAGCAUUAGAAGAAGGUCCUAAGUCAACACCAAAGAAGUGUCGCACUCAUUUUCCACUUUCGGAAAAAUUUUUAUCUAAAAGGCAUUCAGAUGAAGCUUUAAGAGAUUUAUCAGGAUGUAAAAAAUGGCGUCAACAAAACCUAGAUAAGGGUAAGAGGAAAGAUAUGCUCGAUAAAUUCUUUUUGUCGUCAUCAACUAUCGUCAAAGCCAUGAAAAUGGAUGAAAUUGACGAAUUUUUCACAUCUGCAACAAUUUCGUUCAAACCGAUUGAAAAACAUUAUGACGAUGCUACUACCGGAUUCAUAAACAAAUUCACAACAUCAUUUGCUCAUAUAUUGAGUAAAGAGUAUUUCGAUAGGACAACAUUCGAGGAUAGACAAUUUUUUUUAGAGAUCUUUGUUCCUGAACAGUAUUCCAAUGAAAUAUAUUUUGAUGAAGAAUUUGUAAAUAAAGAAAAGCUCGGUGAGGGAGAAUUUUCCGAGGUUUAUAAAUGUGCCAUAAAAAAAACGGGACAUAAAUGUGUGGUGAAGAAGUCGAAGGUGCCUUUCAAAAGCCCUUUAAAUAGACAAGAACGACUCGAGGAGGUGGAAAUUCAUUAUAAAGUCGGUAAACACCAAAAUAUAGUUGAACUCAUAGGUGCUUGGGAACAAAGAGGUUACCUCUACUUACAAACCGAAUUAUGCGAGAAAGGCAGUCUUGCAGCUUUGAUAAAGGAUCGUAAAAAGAGCAAUAGGUUCUUUUCAGAAGAGGAAAUUUGGCAGAUAAUUAAUAGCAUUAAAUUGGCUUUCGCUCAUUUACAUGGGAAAUCAAUUAUACACUUGGACGUUAAGCCGGAGAAUAUUCUCAUAAAGAAAAUGAAUUGUCACAAUAUAUAUAAACUUGUCGAUUUUGGCUGUGCCACAUCAAUUCCACCGAGAAAAGGUUUUGACAAGGACGGCGAUCGACGUUAUUUAUCUAAUGAUGCGCUUAACGGAACAUAUUCACCAGGUGCUGAUUGGUUCAGUCUUGGGAUUACUAUUCUCGAAUUAGCUACACUCAGACGAAUGGAAGACAACGGUGAAAUUUACCAACGACUUCGUAGGGGUGACUUGACUGAUUAUAAGGAACAAUUAUUGAUGUAUAGUGAAAAAUUAGAAAGAGCUAUUGAAUUAAUGCUCUCGCCAAAUCCUGAAGAGCGCUAUGUUGACGCAUUUUUUAUUUAGAUGUUUUUAGAGGAAAAUUCUUAUAACUUGGUAUCGGGAGAAUAAAUCUCCCACAUGUGUAUGAAACCAUUAUUUCUAAUAUGUAAUAUUUAAUAAUUUUUACUAUUUACAAGUAUAAUAAAUUGAAAAUUCGGUUUAGAAUUUUUUGUAUUUUUAUUUUAACAUCAGUAUCUUAUCUGUUAUCCGAGAAUUCAAUAUUUUAACUUGACUAAUAAAGGAGUAUGAUUU